CCGCAAUUCUUGUUCGUGCUGGCAUUGCUGGUUGUAUAGAUUGUUUGCUGCUAUUUAAUAUUCGUUGCGCUUCCUUGCUCAUCAAGGUUACCAGUCGCGGUUUUGACAUUUUGUGAAAGUUUGAUGCUUCAUUUGGUUCGAUGAUGAGUAGCGCAAUGACACCACUCUGUCAGAGAAAAUUGUUUCGGGAGAAAAUAAAAAGGUGGAAUAUUGUUGAAUAAGUAAGUAACCGCACUGAUGGACAGGAAGGAUAAUUUCUGUUGUCGCCAGCUUGCUAGGUACAAAUCUCGCCAUGUCCACCCGUUAACUCGUUUCUGUGGCGAAACUAGUGCCGAAUUAUAGCUACCGUGGUGGUCAGCUUUCUCCCCUCCACGCCUGAUGUCCUUUGCGAAGACCUGAUGCGGCCAACGACUGCAACGGAGUCUAAGACCACGGAGGAGCAGCUACACCAGUUAUUCUAUGUAAAAACGUCCCCACCCCAGAGUCAAGAUGAGGAAUUGGCUAGGCAAGUCCACAAGUUUUGGCUGUUUUGCAUGACAAAUUUGAAUUCUUAUAGUAGUGCUGUUUGAGCAGGUAGCUCAUCAGCAUUACAGACCUAGUAUAUCAUGCUGAUUGUAGCAUGACAAAUUCCAAAACCUGACUGAAUGAUGCUUCUCGUGGGGCUCCGCAUGAGAAAAAUUUUCAGCAGGCAGAUUUGCAUCACAACUAUGGGGCGGGGACGUUUUUACAUACAACACCAGCCCCUGAUGAGUCAGUCAUCAGAUCCUUUCUACGUGGCCAAGGAGGAAAUCGAAAAUGGCCUCAAAAUAUCAAAUGCAAAAAUGUCUGGUUCUGGAAGAUUGCAACUUGUCAUGCUGUUUUUGGAAUCUAAAAAAAUUUGUAUUGCAUGACCAGCAAGAGGAGUCUAGUUUUUGCUACACGGGGACGAGGGCGCUUGUCAUGCGUAGUAGGCAUCAGGAAGCCCUCUAAAAAUCUGUGAUGCUAGGUCGUGCAUUACAGACAUUCUGGGUCAUGCAAAAUUUAUGCAUGACAAACCCGGCAACAUUCCCGACCCAGAAAUAUUUGCAUUUGAUGCAAAAACGUGAAACGGAUGUGCCAGGGGUUACGCGGCAACCCGACGGCGACCGGUGGUGGCUCGUCCUCCUCUUCCAGCAGUAGCGCAAAAAUCGGGAACGACAUUAUGACCCGCUCAAAUGUUACAAUCUCAAAUCGGUUACCAUAGAAUCUGGAUUUUGUAUUGCAUGAUGAGCAUGACAGACCCGCACAGCGUUCCACUUUCUGCAAUACAAAUAUCGCCAGAUUGUAGUGGGGUUUAGGGCUGCUCCGGAACUUGUCAUGCGCAAUCAUAUGAGAGUUGGCUAGAUCAUGCACCUCUCGCAUCACAGAUUUCCAUAUUCUAUUGUAACGUUUGAGGAUGUAACGCCUGAGCGGGUUAUAGACAUCCUGUCCGAGAUCAAGCAGUUGCAGUACGAUCUCCAGUAUGAACUGCAAAUGUGCCUGGGUCUGGAAACUUGUGAUGCUAGUUUGUGCAUGAUGGGCGCACUGCGUUACGCAGCCACGCAUGACAAGUUUCUGAGCUCCUAAGUACGUGUUUUGCUUCCCGCAUGACGAACUGCGGUUUUGCAUGUUAGGUAAGAGGCUGCUUUCCUGCUCAUGCAUGCGGCAUGCAUGACAGAUUCAAGAGUCAUGCGGGACAAGCAUGACAAACUUGCAUUCUUACAGACCCCGACAUAUUUGCACUUGAUAAACAGGAUGUGGAAACCACGAUUGGCAUCGUCGAGGCCAACCCUUCGAAGUUCAAAGUCGACCAGCGAGAGCUGAAGUCACGGAAAGAUUUUCUACAAAAAACCGACGCGGCACUGAAAGAACUGGUCGUUAGAUACGGAAUGGGAAUAAUGUAGUGAAAGAAUCGCAUUUGCAGCUUUUCCCGCUGCAAUGACAUAUGUUAAAAAGGCGGCUCGUUCCUGUGUCUGUCCUGCUGAGGAGCAGCGCAGGAGGAGUGGUUGUUUGUCAUGCAAGUUUUCUUUCAGAAGAAAAGUUAUAUGCGAUGACGCUUACAACUUUCGCUCGUGAUAAUCGCACGCAGUCGGCAAUACGAGCGCUGGAGGCGAGUUCUGGAGCGGGCUCCUCCAGCAGCAAUGCGCACGCGGUAUGAUUUAUGACCGGUUUUGAUACUAGACCACUACACGUCGAUAGUAGACCACUACCAGAAGACCGCCCAAUAAAGUUGUAGUGUUGACAGAAUGUAUUUUGUGUAUGCAAAAGAAACUGCAGGAAAUAUUAAAGCCUAAACGACGACCCAAAAACAGGUGGGCAAAAAUCGAAGCGACCUGAUCUCACCCCUGGACCGCCGACGAGAAAUGGACGACUUUGUACAGACUGGCACGGUAUCCGAUGUGUACUUUCUAAAGGCUGUGUCAUAGACGGUGCAUUAUCAUGAUCACCUGCCCUCCAGAUUAUAUGGCAACAUAGGCGCUGGCGCUGCAUUUCGAUUUCCAUUUCUUGCUUUCCGGAAAGGGAAGUAGACUUUAGUUGCGAGUCGUGGAAUUCUCGGUAGAAAUGUAUGGAGUAAAAUCUUUCUCUACUUUGUAGGAAUUUUGUGCAGCUCCUAUGUUCUUGACACUUCCUUUUACGCAUGAUAGCGUCAGCAGCAGAAACAGCUGGUCGCAAAGCAGGAUGAGCAGCUCAACGAGCUCAGCAAGUGCACCGAGAGGCUGAAUCAAACCGCGCUGGUAAGUACUUACUACAUGAUCGAAGCUUAAUAUCUUGGUAUUCUUUAUCAGACGAUUAGUUUCAAACUCCUACGGGGCUGUCCAACGUCUGUGCAGGCCGCAAACGCUAGUACAGGCAUAGCAAAGAGAUUCAAACUUCAGAACCGACUUUACAAAAAAGGUGAUUAACACGGAGCUAAACGAGCAGGCGCGCAUUAUUCCGAACAAAAAUCCCUCCUCCCCAUAUCGAAAAGGUACGCCUCAGGAAAUUUGUAAUGCUGAUUUGUGACCACAGAUCAUCUCUGUCGUGCAAGAAGGCAAAUCCACAGGCUCCGCCACGUUAUGCCGGCGGUUUGUGGUGCUGUUGGUCCCACAGCGUAGACUUUCGUCAUGCUGGGGGCCUAUGUCAAAACUUCUCUGCUCAGGCUUAGUAUAUGCCUGCAGUCCUCUACUGCAAGACAGAUCUGAUUUGUGUAAGUACGCAAAUCCAGCAACAGAGGUUUCGUUUUGGUAUGGGAAGGGGGGACCUUUCCUUUUGAUACGCAUGCUCACGGAACUGGACGAAGACAUCGACCGGGAGACCGAGAAGAUGAAUUUCGUCAUGCGGCGACUGGGAAUACUGAUGAAAACCUCUAACAGCAAACAAUUGUGGACGAUUUUGAUCCUGUUCUGCGUCUUCAUGUUCCUGUUGAUGCUAGUGAUAGGAUGACAACAAUGUAGCUGGAACUGGAUGCAAAAAAAUAUGCUGGCGGACCACCGCAAGUCAGCAAAAGCCACAUCGUUGUAACAUCAAAUACGCACCACUCGAUGAGUAACGAAAUAUUUCUAAACAUCUGUAGCGAUGAAAAGAAGUAGUUGU